GCUGAACAAGUAACAUCUGACUGACUAAUUUCGUCAACUUAUUUAACAUCUGUAAGGUACAACGUAGCUUCAUGUUAGAACAAAAUGGCGCACCUUAAAAACACCAUCAUUUGCAACGUGGUAAGUGAUUUUAGUUCUUCAUCAUCAGCAGAGGGACAAUCCAGUCAAAUUGACGUAUUAAAAGAUCAGCUCAAAGACAAAAUAGAAGAGUCAUGUCUUUGGGAUCAAUUACCACGAGAGGUUAUAAUACAUAUUUUCCGAUACCUCGGAAAAAGUGAACUUCUAAGAGUGGCGAGAGUUUGCAAGUGUUGGUGGGAUUUGAUCCACACUACAUCAAGUUUAUGGCGGGAUAUGCACCUGGAGUUGUCAUGUAACAGCAAAUCUAUACACCGGAAGAGAGCGUGUUGGUACGCCAGCCAGUUUGGAAAUCACUUCCGGAAAUUGUCGGUCACCUGCGUUCACGACAACAACCAUAUGGUCUGCAGGCUAAUGGGUAUUAAUUUCCGGAGACUUUUACUUACCUUACAUCAACCGGAAUUAACGUCAUUGAAAGUUACUGACCUAAAACUUCGAGGUGCGUUGAUGUGCACUGUAAAAAGCAUCAGUGAGAUUCUGACGCGCAUGCUGUCCAGACUUGAAGGUCUACAGUGUUUCAAAAUGACCUCCUCGCUGUUUAGAAUAGAUGAAGGCGUCAAGGUCAUCGACACCGUCUUGACUGUGUCCAGAGGAACCCUGCAGUCUCUGGUCAUCGACGGGUUCUUUGAGGCGACUUUUUUAGCCCAGAGACCGGCUGAGUUUGAGCGAGUGACCAACGGCAUCCUUUCUCUCAACCGCCUGACAAAACUAAGCAUCGACUACCAGCUCCUGACUGACAGCUUUGUGACAGCGCUGUCCAGGUCACACACAGGACAGCUCAAGGUACUGAAAAUCUCUGCUUUUCAGCUGAGUUCUAAAGACGACAAGACCUCAAGAAGCUCCUGGUUGACUUUGAUAGAGGCUUGUCCAACUUUGAAAGUGGCCUUUUACAUCGAGGGCUGGGUCCUGUCGCCUUUUGUUUCCAUUCUCGACAUACUGGACCCGGUCCUGCCCGUCUAUAGGAUUUGGUUGAUGCUGAGGUCAAGGUUCAACUACUUCGAUAUGCAGGGGUCCAGUGCGGCGAGUGUGUUGGAGGAUAUCGCGACUAGUUUUAGACAGAGCCUGGUCAAGUUUGAAAUGAACGUAGACAACAAAAGCGACCCAGUGGAUGCCGCCAUUUUGAAGCUUGUUCGAAAAUGUCAUCGACUGACGACUGUAAAGGUUCGAUCACUGCCUUAUCCCACAGAACGGGACCAGGACGGUAGCAACACAGAUGCUGGGACUGUGUGCCUUUGUGACAGCAGUAAGCUCAAUGCUCUUAAAGAAAUAGCAACAUCAUCUUUACAGCGUUAA